UAUCCCGUUUAUAUGAUCGGAGAGGCUCGGCGAGGCAGGUCGGAAGCGGUGCGAACAUGGCCGAGCGAGUCCAGCAGCCUCCAGCCAAGCGGCUCUGCUGCCGGCCCGGCUACAACCCGGCAUGUAGGCAGGGGCAGCGGGCUGGAGGAGUCCUGUGCGGUGGAGGAGGCAGCGGUUCGGGCUCUACCGCGGGGCAGAGCGGCAAAGCGCACAACCCGGAGUCGCUGCUCGACAUCGCGGCUCGCCGAGUGGCCGAGAAGUGGCCCUUCCAGCGGGUGGAGGAGCGCUUCGAGCGGAUCCCGGAGCCCGUGCAGCGCCGGAUCGUAUACUGGUCGUUCCCGCGGAGCGAGAAGGAGAUCUGCAUGUACUCGUCUUUCAACGCCGGGGCCGAGGAGAGUGGAACUAGUGGGGACAAUAACGACGAGACUCAGCUGCCUUUCCUACGUGGUGUCACUCUGCUGGAGGGCGGCUGGGUGGACAACGUACUGCAAGUCGGUUUCCACUUGAGCGGCACCGUUACGGAUCCGGCCACACCCUCGUCCCCUGAACUCCUAUGCAGCGUCAGCGUCAGCUUCGACCGUUGCAAGAUUACGGCGGUCACGUGCACUUGCGGCAACAAGGACAUCUUCUAUUGCGCCCACGUGGUGGCGCUCUCGCUUUAUAGGGUACGCAAGCCCGAGCAGGUCAAAUUGCACCUGCCCAUCUCGGAAACCUUGUUCCAGAUGAGCCGCGACCAGCUGCAAAAAUUCGUCCAGUAUCUCAUCUCUGUCCACCACACGGAGGUGUUACCUACCGCACAGAAAUUAGCUGACGAGAUCCUGUCGCAGAACUCUGAGAUCAACCAGGUCCACGGGGCACCGGACCCCACAGCGGGGGCCAGCGUGGAUGACGAGAACUGCUGGCAUCUGGACGAGGAGCAGGUUCAGGAGCAAGUCAAGCUCUUCCUCUCCCAGGGAGGGUACCACGGCUCGGGCAAGCAGCUCAACCUGCUCUUCAGCAAGGUGCGAGAGAUGCUGAAGAUGCGUGACUCCAACGGAGCGAGGAUGUUAACACUGAUCACAGAGCAGUUCAUGGCCGACCCCCGGCUGGCGCUGUGGAGACAGCAAGGCACCACCAUGACAGACAAGUACAGACAGCUCUGGGACGAACUGGGCGCCCUUUGGAUGUGCAUCGUGCUGAACCCACACUGCAAGGCGGAGCAAAAGUCAUCAUGGUUGCGGCAGCUGCGCAGGUGGAACAGCGUGGACGUGUGCCCCUGGGAGGACGGAAACCACGGCAACGAGCUGCCCAACCUCACCCACUCGCUCCCUCAGGGUGCUCACAGCAACCAAGAGAUGCGGCCGCACAGGACCGUAUUCACUCGAGCCAUCGAGGCCUGCGACCUGCACUGGCAAGACCGCCACCUCCAGCACAUCAUCGCCAGUGACCUCUACGCCAACUACUGUUACCACGACAACCAGGAGGGCUCCCUGUUUGACGCGCGCGGCUGGCCCUUGUGGCACGAACACGUCCCGACAGCCUGCGCCAGGGUGGAUGCCCUGCGCUCCCACGGUUACCCACGAGAAGCACUCCGUCUGGCCAUCGCCGUAGUCAACACGUUACGGCGCCAACAGCAGCGGCAACUCGAGCACUUCCGCCGGCACAAAAAAGAGUUGCUCCAUAAAGGCCACACUUCCAUUACAAACAUGGAGGGCUGGGUGGGACACCCUUUGGAUCCCAUCGGCACCCUCUUCAGCACUCUAACAGAGUCGGGACGGAUAGGAGAGGAGGGAUCUAAUACCUGCUUGGACCUCUCAGACUGCUCCAGCGUGGUGACUCGGGCAGACCUCCAGCGGAUGCCCGUGCAGAGACUGCUGGGCGACGGCGAGUCAUACGUGGCGCUGGCGGUGGAGACGGCCUUGAUGGGUCUGGGCCAGCAGCGCGUCAUGCCCGACGGCCUUUACGCUCAGGAGAAGGUGUGCCGCAACGAGGAGCAGCUGCUGGCCAAGCUUCAGGAAGUGGAUCUGGACGAUUCCCUGGUCAAGAUCUUCCGCAAGGAGGCUGUCUUUCUGCUCGAAGCCGGUCCGUACUCCGGCCUCGGGGAGAUCGUCCAUCGAGAGAGCGUCCCCAUGCACACCUUUGCCCGCUAUUUCUUCACCUCCCUCCUACCUCAUGACGCUGAACUGGCGUACAAAAUUGCACUGAGAGCCAUGCGGUUGCCCGUGUUGGAGUCAACGGCAUCGUCCGGCGACCUGUCGCGGCCUCAUCAUAUUGUGUCGGUGGUGCCCAACCGCUACCCGCGCUGGUUCACCCUCAGCCACAUCGAGUCUCAGCAGUGCGAGCUGGCCUCCACCAUGCUCACCGCGGCCAAAGGUGACAGUCGCAGGCUGGAGACAGUUCUGCAGUCCAUCCAGAAAAACAUCCACUCGUCGUCUCACAUCUUCAAACUGGCGCAGGACGCGUUCAAGAUCGCCACUCUGAUGGACAGUCUGCCCGACAUCACGCUGCUAAAAGUUGCCCUGGAGCUGGGACUGCAGGUGAUGAGAAUAACGCUGUCCACGUUAAACUGGAGGCGGCGGGAAAUGGUGCGCUGGUUAGUCACAUGUGCCACUGAAGUUGGCGUGUACGCGCUGGACAGCAUCAUGCAGAGCUGGUUCACCCUGUUCACUCCCACCGAGGCCACCAGCAUCGUGGCAACCACGGUCAUGUCCAACAGCACCAUCGUGCGCUUGCACCUGGACUGCCGCCAGCAGGAGAACCUGGCGGCGUCGGCGCGCACGCUGGCCCUGCAGUGCGCCAUGAAGGACCCGCAGAACUGCGCCCUGUCGGCUCUGACGCUCUGCGAAAAGGAGCACAUUCCCUUCGAGACAGCCUACCAGAUUGUACUGGACGCCGCCGCCACAGGGAUGAGCUACACGCAGCUGUUCACUAUUGCGCGCUACAUGGAGCACCGCGGCUACCCCAUGCGCGCGUACAAGCUGGCCACGCUGGCCAUGGCGCACCUCAACCUCAGCUACAACCAGGACACGCACCCGGCCAUCAACGACGUGCUGUGGGCUUGCGCGCUCAGCCACUCGCUGGGCAAGAACGAGUUGGCCGCCGUCAUCCCUCUGGUGGUGAAGAGCGUCAAGUGCGCCACCGUGCUCUCGGACAUCUUGCGCCGCUGCACGCUGACCACGCCGGGCAUGGUGUCGGCGCUGCACAGCCGGCGGAACUCGGGCAAGCUCAUGUCGCUGGACAAGGCGCCGCUUAGGCAGCUGCUGGACGCCACCAUCGGGGCCUACAUCAACACCACGCACUCGCGCCUCACGCACAUCAGCCCGCGCCACUACACCGAGUUCAUCGAGUUCCUUGGGAAGGCACGCGAGACCUUCAUGAUGGCGCACGAUGGACACAUCCAAUUCACGCAGUUCAUAGACAACCUGAAACAGAUCUACAAGGGCAAAAAGAAACUCAUGAUGCUGGUGAGGGAGCGCUUCGGCUGAGCGCCGCUACUUUUUUUACCGACUCGAGUCUGCCUUUUUUUUUUUUUUUUUUUUGGAACUUCCGGGAAAAAAAGAGAGAGAACGGACGUCGAAACGAAGCGAUGAAGCGGAAAAGGAAAAAAACCAACUCCACAGAGCCACACGCGGUAUUAUUGUUCUUGCUGUUGUUCUCGUUACAAACAUUAUCGCUAUUAUUAUUAUUAUUAUUAUUAUUAUUAUUAUUGAUAAUAUUACUACUACUUGUACAGAAGUGGGGUUUUUUUUCACGAGAGGAAAUUUGUCACGUGAAUGUUGUGGGUCUGCGUGUGUAUGAAAGGAGAACAACAUCUUUAUCUUUCUGUUGCGUUGUACAGGUGCAUCUCAAUACAUCAGGAUCUCUGUUGUAAUUCAGGAUUUGAAUUCAAUAAGGCAAUUCUCGAUUCACAGCACGGAGUGAAAUCUCGAUAUAGAUCAGGGUUGUCAAACUUGUUUUUGUCAUGGGGCACAAAUACAGAUUCCCUUGGAGGGCCUUUAUGAUGGUGAAACCAAAUGUUUAAUCGUCUCAUUAUAUAUACACAACAAAUUGAGGAGUCAUCAGUUCAGUCAGAAAUAAUGUUCGGUAAUUGUUUUAUUGUUUAAAUGACUGCAAAAGGGAACAAAAUAGAACUUGCAAAAGCUUAACAUUAUUGUUAUUGUUUCAAAUUAUUUUGCCAUGUUUGUCCGCCAGCACUCAAUGUAAGAGCAAGUUUUUGAAUUGAACUCCUCAAAUGAAUGUUUCCAGUGUGUUGAGAUGCACCAGUAUGUGGCUAAAGGCCUUCUACAGUAGCGCUCGUCAUAAAAAAAGCAGAACAAAAAAAAAAAAACCUGCAUCCUCGAAAGAGAAACUAAGGCUUUAAAAACACAGAGCACCUCCCCUUUGGCCCCCGGGCCCCCCCAACAGGGGGCGUCAGGCAGCACUGCACAUCUUAAAAAAAAGCCGCCAUCAGCAUUUUUGGAGCACUUGAGCAGCCAUUAGUUUUCUCCCAGCGCCAAUACGCACGACUGUGCUCUUAGCACCCACCUGUGUAAUGUGAUGUAUGUGGCGAUCUGCAGCCGUGGCACAUUGGAUUUAAUCCAACCCGGAUUAUAAAUUAACAGUAGGUACACCUGCAUAAUCCGAUAUAAGAGCGCUAUUGAAAUUCCAGACUUUGUUUUAUUGCAGCUGCAUUCUACUGAGUUUAUCAAAUGUGAUUGGAUGAUUCCUGUUUUGAGGCCAUACCAGGGCAUCAGUUUGUCAUCAUUUUGUCGCAAAAAAAAAAUAAAAAUCAUACUGUUGAUUUGACAGUAGAAAAUGGUCAAAAAAUCAAAUUUCAUGAAGGUUAAACAUGAAAUUCACCUUUUCAGAACAAUAUGCUAAAUUGUUUAUAAAAGUUUGUUUAGGAAGUUAAGAGAAAAUAGUGAGGAUUAUUUUUCGGCCUAAAGAAUCUUGCCUUUGAUUCUCUUGUGGAAAACAAAAUAUCUCCAUUUUUGUAAUAUUUGCACAGAGAAACAUUGAGUGUUCCAGUCAAUCCGCACAUUUCUUUUAUUAAUAUCAUUUUGCUGUCGAAUAAAAUGUGUUUCUCCACUGUUUUUAGCCAAAAGAAAUUUAAUUCACAGCACACAAAAAAUCAGUUUCAAAUCAAUAAAUAGAAAUGUUACAUAAUCCAGGCAAACGAUGCCAUAAAACACUUAGUCAACCAUAACUGACUUUUAAAUCUGUUUAAACAUACAAAAAUAUUUUGACAAUGUUCAUGAAAAGUGAGCAUUAGCAUUUUCCUAUUGGACUGUGCAGGUGUCCUAUUGUCAUGCCCAAUGAUUGGAGCUGUGUUGAACGGGGAGCGGCUACCUCAUUGAUGCAGUGUGGAACCUGCUCCCAGCAGAAACGUGCAGUCACGGACGAGAUUUGUCGCACAUAAUACAACACGGUGUUCAUCAGUCGCUCUUAUCCCAGCCCUCGGAUUGGCUACAAGCACGUGCGUCACUCCCCAUCUCAUUUCUGCCAUUUUAUUUUCUUUUUUGCCCUCCCCCGUUUCUUUAAUAGGCCAGUGUCAUUCGGUUCCCUGUGUGUCAUUGCAAUGAGACUUUCUACUGUUGAGAUAAAAAAAAAAAAAAAAAAAGUGUGCAAGCGCCACUAAUUGUCCACCGGAACGUUCUCAGGGAUUUCUUCUUUUCCUCCACAUGAAAGAAAAAAAAAAAAGGCGGAACAAAACCAACGACUGACUACCGGACAAUGGAAAAAAAAAAAGACAUGAGCGAGCAUUUAUUGUACUCUGUAUAUAUGCCAUAGUAUAUGUCUGAAUAUGGAGGAGCUGAAAGUAUAUGUUAACUAAUUUAUACAGAGUAUUCUAUGUAAUGUGAAAUACUUGAAGCCGCUGUAGUUUGCGCUCUCUCUCUCUCUCUCUCCUGUCUCCUUUUUAUUUGUUUUUGGUUUAUGUGAUGGAAACAUAUCAGGAGGACAAGACUUCAUUCCUGCUGACUAAAGCAAACAGACCAGGAAGGGAGGUCAAAAGUACUCACUGGGGGCCAGUAACACAUUUUUUGUCGCUUUAAUCCACUUUAAAUUCAUUUCUCAUGCAGUAAAAUCGACACUAAGUGAGUCUCAUAUCACGCGCACCCGUCACCUAAGGUCUGACACCGUCAUUUUUGUGUCCUUUGUUUUAAGAGUGUCUCGACAAACAAACCAACAAAAAAAAGCAGCCUUUUCUUCUUGCCUUGUCUUAACGCUUUAACGUAACCAAACAGGAGUUCUGUCUAACAACCAAACGCGUUCAAAGGGGUGAAAGGCGGUGGUCCAGCUUUAGUGUCCUUAAUUAGUAAGAAAACAAAAAAAAAGAAAGGAAAAAAGUGAAUGGCUGUUAUUAACUCUUCGUCCUGCUUUUGACGACAAAGCAGCUCCUCACAUGUGUGUCUGGUGGUUGAGAGAAAAAAGAAAAGGUGCAUACGUCGUUGUCCGGUGUCUCGCAACAAUUUCCUCUUGAGUCUUUCUAGCUGUUUUUCUUUCUUUGUUUGUGUAGAAAGCUCUCCCCUUUUUUAUUUAUUACGACGACCCCAUGUAUACAUGCUUAUGAAAUUCAAAUUUGAUACGCCGAUAUCACUUUAUUUAUGUAACUAAAUCACUGUUUUAUAAUCUUGUUAAUGGGUCGAUAAUUGAUUUUAUUUUUGUUUCUUUUUUUUUGUUUUGUUUAAAUAAAAGUUCAUUUUUGAAAUGUU